AGGCUGGCGUUCCUUAUGAUAAAUGACUCAUUAGUACCAAACAUGCUUAUUCCUCGAUUUACUGGAUUUCUGUAUCCCAAAGGAAAACAGUAUCCAUAUCCAAAGGCAGGUGAACUGAAUCCAGUAGUAAAGCUGUAUGUCGUCAAUCUAUAUGGCCCAACACAUACAUUGGAACUCAUGCCACCAGACAGUUUUAAAUCAAGAGAAUAUUACAUAACGAUGGUCAAGUGGGUGAGCAACACUAAGACAGUGGUGCGGUGGCUAAACAGGCCUCAAAAUCUAUCCAUCCUUACAGUGUGUGAAACAACCACUGGUGCUUGUAGUAUGAAGUAUGAAUUUACAUCUGAAGUCUGGCUUUCUAAGCAGAAUGAGGAACCAGUUUUUUCCAAAGAUGGCAAUACAUUUUUCAUGACAGUUCCUGUUAAACAAGGCGGUCGUGGUGAAUUCCACCAUAUUGCUAAGUUUAAUGUUCAGAUCAAAAAUGAACAAUUUAGUAUACGACAUCUGACAUCAGGGAACUGGGAAGUUAUAAAAAUCUUGGCAUAUGAUGAAAAUACCCAAAAGAUUUAUUUUUUAAGUACUGAGAAUUCACCAAGAGGAAGACAAUUACAUAGUGUGUCAACAAUUGAACUGCUGAAUCGUCAAUGCCUCUCAUGCAAUUUUAUGAAAGAUCAUUGCACAUAUUUUAAUGCAAAGUUUAGUCCUUCAAUCAAGUAUUUCAUCCUACAGUGUAAGGGACCUGGUGUUCCGUCUGUCAGCCUGCACAGUACAAGUAAUCCUGAAAAGUUUUAUAUUUUAGAAAAUAACUCUCUUUUAAAAGAAGCAGUUUUAAUGAGGAAAAAACUCCGAACAGAAACUAGAAUGCUUCACAUUGAUGACUAUGAACUUCCUUUACAGUUAACAUUUCCAAAGGAUUUCUCAGAUCGAAACGUAUAUCCACUUCUGUUAAUAGUCAAUGAAGCUCCAGGCGGCCAGUUGGUUACAGAUAAGUUUCACAUUGACUGGGAUUCUGUGCUUGUCAAUUCUGAUAAUGUCAUCAUAGCUCAGUUUGAUGGAAGAGGGAGUGGAUUUCAAGGACUAAAGAUUCUGCAAGAGGUCCACCGUUCACUAGGAUCAGUGGAAGUGAAGGACCAGAUAGCAGCAGUAGAAUACUUGUUGAAACAACCAUUUGUUGACUCUAACAGACUGAGCAUUUUUGGAAAGGGCUAUGGAGGAUACAUUGCAUCAAUGAUUCUGAAGUCCAACGAAAAGCUUUUCAAGUGUGGAGCUGUGAUUGCACCAAUUACAGACAUGAGACUGUAUGCAUCUGCCUUUUCAGAAAGAUACCUGGGCAGUCCAUCUAAGGAAGAAAAUGCUUAUCAAGCAUCCAGCGUAUUACACAAUAUUCAUGGUUUUAAGGAAGAAAAUUUGUUAAUCAUCCACGGGACAGCUGAUACUAAAGUCCAUUUUCAGCACUCAGCAGAAUUAAUUAAACAGCUAAUAAAAGCCGGAGUGAAUUAUACUAUGCAGAUCUACCCAGAUGAAGGUCAUUACAUUACAUCAGAGAAGAGUAAAUAUCACCUUUAUAGCACAAUUCUCAGCUUUUUUAGUGCUUGUCUAAAGGAAGAAACACUGAUUUUAUCACAGGAACCAGAAGAAGAUGAAUAAAGAGUAAGGAAUAGGACUUGUAUAAGGCUCACGACAACCAUAUUUAAAGUUGACUGUAAGAAAACAGAUUCUUCAGGAGCCUGAGGGCGGCCA